GGCUGCGGGCGGCCGGGCGCGGAGCCCGCGAGCGGAGCCCAGGCCGUGCCGCGCGGCGCCAUGAAGGGCAAGGAGGAGAAGGAGGGCGGCGCGCGGCUGGGCGGCGGCGGCGGCGGCGGCGGCGGCCCCGAGAAGAGCCCGAGCGCGCAGGAGCUCAAGGAGCAGGGCAACCGGCUCUUCGUGGGCCGCAAGUACCCGGAGGCGGCGGCCUGCUACGGCCGCGCCAUCACGCGCAACCCGCUGGUGGCGGUGUACUACACCAACCGCGCCCUGUGCUACCUCAAGAUGCAGCAGCACGAGCAGGCGCUGGCCGACUGCCGGCGCGCGCUGGAGCUGGACGGCCAGUCGGUGAAGGCGCACUUCUUCCUGGGCCAGUGCCAGCUGGAGCUGGAGAGCUACGACGAGGCCAUCGCCAACCUGCAGCGAGCCUACAGCCUGGCCAAGGAGCAGCGGCUCAACUUCGGGGACGACAUCCCCAGCGCGCUGCGCAUCGCCAAGAAGAAGCGCUGGAACAGCCUGGAGGAGCGGCGCAUCCAUCAGGAGAGCGAGCUGCACGCCUACCUCGCCAGGCUCAUCGCGGCCGAGCGCGAGAGGGAGCUGGAGGAGUGCCAGCGGAGCCACGAGGGGGCCGAGGACGACGGCCACGUCCGCGCCCAGCAGGCCUGCAUUGAGGCCAAGCACGACAAGUACAGGGCGGACAUGGACGAGCUGUUCUCGCAAGUGGACGAGAAGAGAAAGAGGCGCGACGUCCCCGACUACCUGUGCGGCAAGAUCAGCUUCGAGCUGAUGCGGGAGCCCUGCAUCACCCCCAGCGGCAUCACCUACGACCGCAAGGACAUCGAGGAGCACCUGCAGCGCGUGGGCCACUUUGACCCUGUGACCCGGAGCCCCCUGACCCAGGAACAGCUCAUCCCCAACCUGGCCAUGAAAGAGGUCAUCGAUGCGUUCAUCUCGGAGAACGGCUGGGUGGAGGACUACUGA